AUGCCUCCCGACGGUCUGCCAAACUGUCCGGGUUUGAAUCGACCGGAUCGUAAACGGAACGAAGUCACUUCGUUUCUCGGUUCAACCCGCCGUGGAGCGCUGUUUUGUCGGUCUGGUAAUUGGUUAGAAAUUCUCGACGAACGAACUAGCCAAUUAGAGACACGACGAGGCGGGAUUGGCGAUCAAGUACGAGGUACUCGACGUGAAGGCAGUCGAUUCAGCGUACUCGAAUUUCUCUCCGUCGCUAUUGGAUUAGUGAGUAUACGAGGAGAAGUUUCACAAAGGUAUUUAUGUAUGGAUAGAGAUGGAAAACUAUAUGCUGCGGUAAGUUUUGCCAAAAUAAUAAACGAAAAAUAA